AAAAUUCGUCUGCCAAUUUCAUCAAUGAACUACGUGUAACAAAUGAUAACGCUAAAAAUUGUUAUCAUCAUUUGUCGUGGAAAUUGGUAAAGUCCAACCACCAUCAUGUUUAAAAAGAUGAAAAAGCAGAUAGAGGAGAAGGAGGCCAAGUCUCCUCUUCGUCCUCCGGAUCAAAAGAAGGGAAUAAACCAGCCCAUCAAGUCCCCAGGUGUCGGAAAUACCAGUACUAGUUCCACUCCAUCCUCGACACCAGAUUCGAAACCUGAUCGGGAUUCCCUAAAUUCAAGGAGGCCCCAGACCCCCAAUGACAAGACACCCAGCGGUGCGGAAGCCAGACCUAGAACCCCUUCCUCCAGCAGUACUACACCAGGAACCCCUAACCAGGGACCUCAGAACAAAGUCAAUACAUCAUCAGCUCCGGAGGCUGAACAAGCCAUCAUCAAACAAUCAACACCCUUGGAAAAUGCUGCAACACCGCCUCGGCCUAAGCAGGGUGCACCCCCAUCCCUGGGUGAAAGUCCCCUCUUCCCUCAGUACCAGGCCCCUACCAGCGUCUAUGAAGCGCCCUCUGAUACAGAGAGCGAGAUGGAAGAAUCGGGAUUGACCAUGGAUUCCAUGAGAAAAGAAGAGCUGUUCCAGCGCUAUAAGCUCAUGGAGAGGAGCUUGGUCAAAUACAGGACAAGAUACAAGGAGGCCUCAUCAGCAUAUAGAGACUUACAAAAGGAAAAUGAGAAAAUCAAGAAUAUCAUGUCACAAACUCAGGAUAAAGCACUCAGGAGAAUAUCAGAACUCAAAGAGGCAGCUGAACUUGACAGGGGUGCCAAGAUGCACAUGGAAGAAACAUUCCGUUUAUCUCUCGAGGAGAAAGAUGAGAUGGUGAAAGUACUGCAAACACAGGUUAAAUUAUUGAAGACAGGAAAGAGUGUUGAUGAGACUGAUAGCUCAGAUAAACCUCCUGCAAGCCCCUCUACACCAGCAGCCUCAGGGGAGGGUGAUGCUGCUACCAUGGAAACAGUCAACAACCUUAAAGAAAAGGUCAAACGCUUAGAAAACUUGCUUGGAAAAUGUAAAGAAACCAUUGGCAAGAACAAAGAGAGGACAGCCCAGCUUGUUAGCGAGAAAGAAGCUACGACAAAAGAAUUAGAACAAUUAAAGGAGCAGCAUAGUCUGGAGCAAGCCAAGUUUGCCGAGAAACUGAGCAAGGCCAAGGACGAGCUUGACCAGUCCGUCGAGGAGAAGGCCCUGGCCAUUGCAGAAACCAAACAGAUGAUGCACGGUGAGCUUGAAAACAGAGAGCAGCAAAUCUCAGAGCUGAGGAACAAAGCCCAGGCUGCUGCCAAUGAAGCUGAGGUGCUCAAAGCAGAAGGAGAGAAGAGCAGGAAGCAAAUUGGAGAGCUGAAAGCAGAACUAGAGAAGCAGUUAUCUGAAUCUGAGGCUCGGAGUGAUCAAGAGAAGCAGAGUCUAGCCCAAGAGCUCUCCAGGGGAAAACAAGCCGUCAUAAGUCUCAUGCAGAAGGAGAAGGAUGAUCUGAAGGAGGAGAUGUUGAAGGAGAAAGAAGCAGCGAUCCAGGAGAGGAACAAACAUUGGGAGGUUGUCAUGGAAACAAAACAAAAGGAAUACCAAGAAUCACUCCAUGCCAAGGAUCGUGAACAUGAACUGGCAUUACAGAGACACACAGAACAACAGCAAAGGAUACUGAAAGAGAAGGAAGCAGAGAUGAUGAUGGCUAUCGAGGAAAGAGAACUUCAGAAAAUGGCCGCCGUCAGCGCACAGGAUAACCAGAAGGACGAACUUCAGAGAAUUAUUGAUUCCAUGAAAUCUGAGAAGUUGGAGCAGGACUCGGCGCUGGAGCGGCUGCAGGAGAAGUACAAGGUAGACACCAAGGAGCUCAGAGACAAGAUAGAAGACAUCGCAUCUAGGAGCAAGGCGGCCAUCGCCAAACUCAGGGCGCAACAGAGUGAGGGUACACAAGAACUCAACCAUAGACACGAGGAAGAGAUGGCCAAUAAGAUUCAAGAGCUUACACAGGAGCAUCGGAACUACGUAGAGGAACUUAGACAGCAGCAUCAGGAGGCCUUAGAAGCUGCCAAUGUGGAAUCAGAGAAACUCUACAAGCAACAGAUGAAUGAUUUGAAACAGAAUCACGAGAAGGUCGUCCAGGAGAAGGUUGAUCAACUCCAGAGCCUGGUUGGAAAAGCUCAGGCAAUGAAGCAAAAGAUCCAGGAUCUGAAUGCACAGAAGCAUGAGAUGGAAGCUAAGAUAGGAGAACUUGAAACGAAGAUUGCUCAAGAAUCCGAUGGUCAUACCAAGCAACUAGAAGAAAAGGACAGAUCUUUGGAUAAGCUUGCCCAAGACCUGGCUGUAGUCAACCAAAAGAAAGAGAGCAUAGAAGCAGAACUUGCUGCAAGGGGAAAGGAAAUGGAGUCUGGUAGAGCGGAGCUAUCUGAAAAGUUGGAAUUGGAGCGUAAAGCUAAGGAGGAAAAAGAUGUUGAGAUUGAGAAACUGCGACAAGAGGUGGAGGAAAUCAAGCAGAAAUCUGAUUCCUUGACGCGGGAGAUUGAUUCAAAGAAUGCAGAACAUGAGAAUAAGAUCAGCGAGUAUGAACAGAAGCUUACAUUCCAGGAGGAGAACCAUGAGAAGGAGCUGAGUAGGAGGCUGGAAGCCCUGGAGGUCCAAAAGAACAGUUCUGUCAAUGAAGUUUCUGCAGAACUUGGAAAGAAAUUGGAGGAGGCCAACGAGUCACUGGGGGCCAAGGAGAAGGUUGUUCAGGAUCUGCAGCUCCGGGAGAAGGAGCUUCAGACAGCUAUGGACUCGCUGAAGAAUAAACUGGAAGGAGACCUCAACUCUGCCAAUGAGAUGAUCCAACAAGAGCGGCAGAGGCAUGAGGAAUUGGUUGGACAGCUUAGGAACAAUGCCCAGGAGCUUGCAGAGAAUAAUAAAAGGUGCAGUGAGGAAAUCAAGGAGUUGGAGAGAACAGGAGCGGAGAAGGAUGCUGCCCUUGAGAAGUUGAAAGAAUCUAUAGCGUCAUUGACUCAGAAUGCAGAAGACUUGCAGAGACAGCUUGCAGAUAAUGUUGCAAAGGUGCAAGAAGAGGUGAAUAAGGGAGAAGAAGCAGUAGCUAAGCUUCAAGAAGAGCUUGAUGGAUCAAAGGCAAUGCUUGAAGCUAAGGAAAAGGAGACAAUUGAGACAAAAUCUACCUUUGAAAUUGCUUUGAAGGAGAAAGAUGAUGACUUGAAUGCUUCAAAGGCAAAGACAGAUGAUAUCAAUGUGGAACUUGAAAACACAAGAAAAUCACUAGCCGAUGUAGAACUUAACUUUGCCAAAACAUCAGAGUCUAAUAUGAAUCUUGAAAAUAGAGUAAGAACUCUUGAGGAAUCAAUUGCCAGAAAAGAAGAAGAUCACCAGGAGGCGAUUGCCAAGAAGGAAAGUGAUUUUGAGGAAAGGUUGCAAACAGAGAGGGAGAACCAUGAGAAAGAUGUGGCCAGGAGAGUAGAGGCUUGGGAAGCCCAAACUCAAAGCUCUGUUGGUGAAGUGGCACAGGAGUUAGGAAGGAAACUUCAGGAGGCAAAUGAUACAAUAAGCCACCUUGAAAAUGACAUUGCAGAUUUGAAAGAAAAGGAACAGUCACUAGCAUCAUCACUUGAAGAAAAUCAAAGCAAGCAUGCAAAAUUUGUGUCAGAUAUGGAAAGUAAGGAAGCUGACCUAAAGGUCAAGGUUGAACAGCUUCAGAAGCAGCAUGAAGACUCUGUCUCCCUACUGGAAAGCAAAGAAAAGGAAAUCAGCAGCAAUCUCGCAGCAAUAAAAGAAAAGGAAGCUGAGUUGCAGGAGCGCAAGCUUCGGGAGAACGAACUGCUUGCCCUGAUUGACAAUGCAAAGACUGAAGGACAGAGCCAGGUCGAGGUUGUUAGCAAGGAAGUUGAAAACUUGCAGAGACAGGUCUCUGAAAAGGAUAACCUGUUGCUUGAGAAAUCCCAAUGCCUGGAAACGGAGGUCAGUGCUAAGAAUAAGGAGAUUCUCUCGCUUCAUGAACAGAUGAAUGCCUUAUCAGAAGAAAAGGCCGGAUUGGAACAAAAGGUAAUGGGAUUCUCAAAGUUGGAUGAAGACAAAGCCCUUGAGGUUGAGAGUCUAAAGGCAACAGGACUUAGGAAGGAUGAGGAAAUAGGAACCCUCAAAGAUGCUUUACAGGACAGGAUUAGACAUGAUGAGAAAGUUGCCACCCAAGUGCAGGAGUUGAAUCAGCAAAACACCAUGCAAAAUGAUGUCUUGGAGUCAUUGCGCAAAGAACUCAGAGAAGCAGUGGAACAGAAGGACUCAGAGCUCCAAAAACUUACUGAGGAAUUCAUGCAAAAAGAGCAGUCUCUGAAAGAAAGCCAUGAAACACACGUUGUAGAGUUACAAGAACAGAAAGAAUUGGAGCUCAAAAAGCUUACUGAGGAUUUUGCACAAAAAGAGGAGUCUCUGAAAGAAGGUCAUGAAACACACAUUUUAGAUUUACAAGAACAGAAAGACUCUGAGCUCAAAAAGCUUACUGAUGAAUUCACACAAAAAGAGCAGUCUUUGAAAGACAGCCACAAAACACAUAUUGUGGAGUUUCAAGAGAAAGUGAAGACUAAGCUUGCCACCUUGCGCAAAGAACAGGCUGAAACUACCCAGGCCAAAGACGAGGAGAUUGAACGAAUUAAAGGUGAAAUGGAGAGUAUGAGAUUAAGCAAUAUGGAAGAGAAGGAAGAACUGAAAAGGAAAGCUGAACAGCAGAUGAUAGAAUUCGAGGAAAAGCUUCAGGAGAAUUCAGAAAAGAGCCAGAGGAGAGAGGCUGAACUACAAGAGCAGCUUGGUGCCCAUCAGACCCAACAUCAGGAGGAAGUUGAGCAUUUGAAGAGAGAUCAUGAAGCCAUGCUCCAGGAGAAGGAGACUUCGUUCCAGGAGCAGCUGUCGGGUCUCCUAAAUGAGAAGCAUGUUGGAAUCGAAGAGGUAACCACACAAAUGCAAGCAACUCAUCAGGAACAGUUAGACAGGAUGAACAAUGAGAUGGAGGAGAAACAGAAGGAACUUGAACAAGUGAGGGAGGAAAGUGCAGCGAAAGAAGAAAAGCUGAAAGAACAGUCGGUUCAGAAGUUAAAAGAUCUCAAGGAACAAGCCAAAGCUAAGAUUUCCAAAGUAAUUGCAACUCACAAAGAGGAGGUAGAAUCUGUCAGGGAAGACCUGGAAAAACAGUUAGCGGCUGCUACCACAGAAUUGAGCUCUUUGCAAGAACAGAGGAAAGAGGAAACCGAAAAACAUAAUUUAGAGAGGACUGAACAAUCAGAGAAUAUUGAAAAAUUAGAAAAACAAACUGCAGAAUUACAAGAACAACUCUCUACUACACAAGAAGAGUUAAAAUGUGCAGCAAAUGCACACUUAGAAGAAUCUAAAAAAUUGAGAGAGGAACAUGAAAGGCAAAUUAAAGAUAUGGAAGAGUCAGUUGCCAAACAAGUCCAAAUUGUGUCUGAAAAUGACAAGCACCAUGAGGAGAUCAUCCAUAAUCUUGAGAGUCAGCAUUCAGCAGAGAUGACUGCGAAGGACAAAGAACAGAAAAGCAAUCUUGAGCAACUAGAGCAUCAACACUUUGAGAUGAUUGAAUCAAUGCAGAAGCAAUUUGAGGAAACCCUCCAGACUGUGAAGGCAGAGAAUGCUUCCCUCAAGGAACAGCUUGUCCAUUCUGAGGAAUACAAGUCGAAGGCCAAUGACCUGGUAGACAGUAACCUUGAUCUGCAAGUCAAGCUGAAGGCAUCCGAAGACCAAAUCCAGCUGAUGGAGCGAGAGAUGCAGGACUCUGCAACAUCCUCAAAGAAGCGGUUGAACGACCUGGAGGAGGAGAAGCGGGAAGUGGAGCGGUUACUGCAGCUCCGAGAGGAAGCCAUCACCCAGGGUGACAACAGGGUACAGGAGCUGGAGGACGAGAUCAGCACUCUCCAAGAGACCGCUCAGUCCGACUCCAAGACCAAGCUGGCUGAACUGAAGAAGAAGGCAGAGGCCAAGUUGGUCCAGAUCAAGAACCAGUUCUCUCAGGAUCUGACCAACCGGCAAAAGGAGAUGGAGGAAGCCAUGGACAUGAAAGAAGCAGACUUUUCUGAAGCUCUGAGAAGGAAGGAAAGCGAGGUGGAGGAGAUGAUGGCAAGGGCAGCCAGCUUGGACAGACAGAUGGUUGCAAUGGAAAUGACCAAUGAACAGACCGUCUCAAGUCUAAUGAAGGAGAUUGGCGAUCUUAGAGCUCAGAUGCACGAGGAAAGGGCUUCGGCUGACAUAAUGGUUGUAGAAGCCAGAGACCAGGUGCAGAAGGAGGUCACCCAGCAGGUGGAAUCCCAGAUCACGGCCGUCAGGGAGUCGCUACAAGGGGCGGAGGUUCAGCAUAAGGAAGAGAUCGAGAAGAGGGGUAGAGAGAUGGAGGAGCUCAGGAAUAACUGCAAGGAGCUGGAGAUGAGGCUAGAAACACUGAGUGAGGACCACAAAGCUGAAGUGAAAGAACUAACCCUGGUGCAUGAGCGCAACCUGAGCACGCUGAAGAAGGAACAGGAGGAGAUCAUCACCAAGAAGGAAGAUGAACUAAACUCCAACCUCAAGAAGAUUCUUAGAGAGAUGAACAUCAAGAUGGCGGAGAAGGAGAAAGACAUGGAGACGAUGAUGAGAGCGACAGUUGAUAAAGGCCAGUCAGUUGAAGAGAGGAUGGAGAAAGAACACAGACAGAUCACCAAUGAGCUGCAGGUCCAGCUGGAUGAACAGUCAAGAGAACUUGAGACAAUCAGUGAGAAAUAUGAAGAACAACUUAUUGGUGGGGAGGAGAUUAAGGGGUAUGAGGACAAGGAGGAGAUGUAG